GAGAAAACUAGCUCAAGUACAGGUGGCCUAUCACCAACUCUUCCAGGAGUACGAUGCCCACAUCAAAACCAGCUUGGAAACUGAGAAGCGAAGCAAGAGCUUGGAUAUGCAACUUGCCGAACUGUCUCAGCAAAUGCAGCAGGCCGAGGAGGCUCUGGUAGCCAAACAGGAGCACAUUGACAAGCUGAAGGAUGAUGCUGAACAGCACAAAACUGUCAUGGAGACCGUGCCUGUGCUCAAGGCCCAGGCUGAUAUCUACAAGACAGAUUUCCUGGCAGAGCGCCAGGCACGUGAAAAGCUACACGAACAACGAGAGUUCCUGCAGGAGCAGGUUGCCCAGUUGCAGAGGGAGAAUGAGAAGCUGAAAGCCGAGUUUGAAGGACGGGCUCUGAUGGAAGAGAUGAGAAAUCGCCAUUCAGAAAUGCGUCCAUCUCCUCAGCCGAAUUUCUUGAUGGGCACGACCCCAUUCCAUCCCCAGAGUGUAACAGGGCGAAGACAAAAUGUUCUAGAAGAACAGCCUAUCCACUAUUGUCCCAAAUGCCAGUAUAAAGCUCCAGACAUGGACACCCUACAGAUCCAUGUCAUGGAUUGUAUCCAGUGACAGUAAAGAAGAAGAAGAAGGGGAAGCUCCAGGCUGAUGUACAUUUGCAUUGCUUUAAACAGAACCAGCAGUUCAGCUGCCAAUCCUGGAACAAAAAGCGUGGACUCUUUACUUUCUGCUCCCCUGUAUGUCAUUAACUUUUUUUCCUCUUAUAAUGGCUGAGCCUACUACUGACCUUGUCCCAAGCGUGGCUAUUACAGCCACAGGGGAAAAAGGGUUGCACUAUUCUAGGUUUUGUGUAAAGCAAUCUUUUCAAGUGCUUUUAAUUCAAGUGUGCAUCAGGGAUACCAGGGAUUAAGUCAUUCCCUCCGAAUAACAAGUCACAUGCCUAUUAAUCUACCAGUAACUCAUUUCAUGGAUGAUGGGGGGAAAUCUCCUUCCCUAUAAAGACUACUGCUCCUCUUUGUCCCACAUCCCAGUAAGAUUUUAAAUGUCUUAAAACAGUUCCAUAAGCCAUAAUGAGGUAAUUAUUUUAUCUAUAAAAUAAAAAGGAUAGAGGGGUUUUCUUCUGCUUUCUAAGAGAGCUUAAAAAUGAAAUUGCUUGCAACCAAUCUUUAGGCUGAAAAGGUAUUGUAUGACUCU